AUGGGCGACAACCCCGAGAAAACGCCCAGUUUUCAAGAUGAGGUAGAACCGGUAACUUGUCCCGGUUCCGAAUCGGUCAAUGAAAGACGCCUGUUGUGGAAGAUUGAUGUGUUCGUUUUGUCCUUCGUUUGCUUGCAAUACUGGAUUAAUUACGUGGACAGGGUCGGAUUUGCCAAUGCUUACGUGUCUGGGAUGAAGAAGGAUUUGAAUCUACAUGGUGAUCAGUUUAAUCUGGUCAACACCUGCUUUACCGUGGGCUACGUCCUGGGCAUGAUUCCAAACAAUUUGAUUUUGCUGGUCGUCCAACCUCGCAUUUGGCUGAGUUUUUGCACUCUUGCUUGGGGUGUGCUUACGCUCUCCAUGUACAGAGUCACCACGUUUCAGCAAUGCUGUGCAAUUCGGUUUUUCCAAGCAGUUUUCGAAAGCUGUACCUUUUCAGGCACACAUCUGAUCUUGGGUUCGUGGUAUCGCGAAAGCGAGCUCACCAUUCGUUCGGCUAUCUUCACCAGCAGUGGGCUCGUGGGAUCAAUUUUCAGUGGGUUCAUGCAGGUAGGAAUUCACAACUCGUUGAAUGGACGUAGGGGACUACCAGGCUGGAGAUGGCUCUUCAUUGUGGAUUUCUUAAUCACCAUCCCCAUAGCCAUCUAUGGCUUUAUCUUUUUCCCCACAACACCAGACCACAUGAGCCACCGCACGAAGAGCUCCCGAUGGCUAUUUUCAACACAAGAGCUCGAGUUUGCGAAACGGAGGCUGCCGCAACGCGACGAGCGCGCAAAACUGGACUGGUCCGUGUUUCGCCGCGUCCUUGGAAGAUGGCAUUUCUGGCUUCUUUCCCUCCUGUGGAUCCUGGGAGGCGAAAAUAUAUCGCUGGCAUCCAACUCGACACUAGCUCUUUGGCUGCAGUCUCAGGGCUAUUCCUUGGCGCACAAAAAUCAGUACCCGAUGGGUAUAUUUGCUGUGGGUAUUGUUGCUACGUGUGGUGCUGCUGUUUACAUGGAUAAAUUUCGUCACUCGCAGCAUUGGCACGUUGCACUGUUCAUUGGGAUUGUAAUGUGUGUUGUUGCAGUGAUGAUCCGGGCUGCGCCUAUCACACCUGGCGUGCUAUUUACCGCACAGUAUCUAGGCGGUGUUUGUUAUGCUGCGCAGGCCGUCUUCUUCAGUUGGGCCAACGUGGUGUGCCAAAAUGACUUGCAAGAACGCGCCAUUGUUUUGGCGUCGAUGAACAUGUUUUCCGGCGCUGUGAACGCCUGGUGGUCGCUUUUGUUUUUUUCUGCAACAAUGGCGCCUCGUUACGAGCGUGGCUGUUACGCUUUGAUAGCCACCGCUGUUGGUAGCUGUCUGGUGGCAGGAGUGAUUAAAUGGUUUCAACGCCGAGACCAGAAACGCGAUCUGGGAGCCCUUGCCAAGAGUUUGAACUACUCUGCUGCCUGUCCUGAGAUCGAAAAUCUUUAA